UAAAGAGUCAGAGCUCAUUUUGUUGCCUUCCAAUUCCUAAUUCCUAUUUUUUUUUAUUAUAUAAAGCCAGUACAGGAAGAAAAUUUUUGGUAGAGAUUUUGCAACCCACUUAUAGAAAGUUAAUUACUUUGAAAUUUUACAAGAUUUUUUUUUUGUGUGCAGUUGUGGUUAUAAAUAUAGUCCAAUUUCACAUUCAUCGUCGUUCCUCUGCAGAGUUCCUUCCCACAAAGGAGCUUUCAGCUUUUGGGUGUCAUUUUCAUAGCAAUUGGCUGUUGGUGAUGCUUAAACGAGGAGGCUGAGGCUCUCAAUUGUCAAAGCUCAAUAACUAACCCCCAAAAGACUCUCUCUUUCACUCACUCUCUCUCUCUCUCUCUCUUCCCAUCUGUUCAAAUCUUCUUAUAUAUUUCUUCACUUGACAGCCCUACAAUACAAACCCACCAACAUUCUCACUUGUCAUUGCUUGUAAACAAAAUGCAAGCUCAUCCCUUUUCCCCUCUCUUCCUCUUCUUCCUCUGUUUCCCAUUUUUGCUCAAUGUGAGUUUAGCCGGUGCCAGGGUUCUGCUGGCCGGUGACAGUCCAUUUACGCCAAAAGCAUAUCUUAUCCGGUACUGGGACAAGGAGAUCCACAGCAAUUUACCAAAAUCUACAUUCAUUUUAUCCAAAGCUUCCCCAUUGAACGCCGUGGACGCCGCCACUUUUACCAAACUCGCCUCCCAAAAUGCCCUCUCCACGAAGUUUCCUGCUUUCUGUUCCUCCGCCAAGCUCUUCUGCUUCCCUGAUUUAGCGCCCAGUCUAGAUAAGCACGAUGGUAACUCUAACUUUGCGGUCUAUUUUGACAAGAACUUUACCAAUUACGGCACGGAUUCGGUGAACGGAGUCGACUCGUUCAAGAACUAUUCAGAUGGAGAAAAUAUCCCUGUGAAUUCUUUUCGCCGAUAUGGUCGUGACUCCAUCGAUCAUAACGAAAAGUUUUCUGCUUAUGGUCCUGAUGGGAACGUCGUCGACCAAAGCUUCAACACCUACGGUGCCCAUAGCAGCGGUGGCGCUGGCGAGUUCAAGGAAUACAAUGACCAGGUGAAUGUACCAGAUCUCCGUUUCGCAUCUUAUUCAGAUCACGGGAAUCGCAAGGCCCAAAAAUUCUCAAGCUAUACAGGGGAUACAAACUCCGGCAGUGAAUCGUUCACCAGUUAUGGGAAGAAUGGGGUAGCAACCCCUAAUGAGUUUACGAGUUAUGCAGACGACUCGAAUGUGAUUGGGUCGGAAUUUACAAAUUACGGCGAGGAUAGCAAUGGGGCUAAUAAUACCUUCAAGUCUUAUGGGUCGAACGGAAAUGUUCCAGAGAACAAUUUCAAGAACUACGGCGCUGAAGGAACUGUUAGUGUUGAUUCCUUCACCUCUUACAGGGAAGAAUCCAAUGUGGGUGACGAUUCCUUCCAAUCUUAUGCUAAAAAAUCAAGUGCUGGAGCUGCAUAUUUCAAAAAUUAUGGCCAAUCUUUCAAUGAGGGUUCUGAUACAUUUACUGGGUAUGGUGAAGGAGCAAAUGAGCCGAAGGUUGGGUUCAAGAUCUAUGGAGAGAACUCCACUUUCAAAGAGUACGCCGAUAAAAAGACCACCUCCUUUUCCGAUUACAGAAAACAAAGCUCUGCUACUGCUUCCGAUGAAAAAACAGCAAAGACAGCCAGUGGUAGUUUGGUAAAUAAGUGGAUUGAGCCUGGCAAAUUCUUCCGUGAGUCUGAGCUGAAGAAGGGGAACGUGAUGCCUAUGCCUGACAUUAGAGAUAAAAUGCCAAAAAGGUCAUUUUUGCCCCGGACAAUCACCUCAAAAUUACCAUUUUCCACCUCCAAUAUCGCUUCAUUGAAGGAAACUUUCCACGCUGCUGAUAAUUCCACCAUGGAGAAGAUAAUUAAGGACGCCCUUGAGGAAUGCGAAAGAGCCCCCACUCCCGGCGAGACCAAGCGCUGCGUCGGCUCCGCCGAGGACUUGAUCGACUUUGCCACUUCCGUCUUGGGCCGCAAUGUGGUGGUCCGUACAACUGCAAACGUGAACGGGUCAAAGAAGAAAAUCAUGAUCGGAUCAAUCAAAGGAAUCAACGGUGGUAAAGUGACCAAGUCAGUAUCUUGCCAUCAGAGUUUGUUCCCUUAUUUGCUCUAUUACUGCCACUCGGUUCCCAAAGUUCGGGUAUACGAAGCGGACAUUUUGGAUCCGAAUAGCAAGGCUAAGAUUAAUCACGGUGUUGCCAUUUGUCAUCUCGAUACUUCCGUUUGGAGCCCCAGCCAUGGUGCAUUCUUGGCUUUGGGUUCGGGUCCAGGUAAGAUCGAGGUAUGUCACUGGAUUUUCGAGAAUGAUAUGACUUGGGUUACCGCGGAUAAUUAAACUUGUGGAACAGAGGUUGGAUUGGAUUGUGUGAUUUUUGGCAUCGCCUCUGAUUUGGGUUUGAACCGCUGGCUAAGAAAAGUUAGCCGAUGGGUUGAUCUUUAGAGCAGAGUUAAAUUAGAGUGUUUUUAAUUAUAAGUCGUGGGUUUCUUAUUUAUUUGCGACAAGGUUAUGUCGUUUUGAGAAAAACUUAUUAUUGUCAAUUAUAAAUAUUUUGUCAAUAAUAAAUCUCUCAUCGAUGAUGAGAUCUUGUUGGAA